AUGACAACACGCCACCGCGGUUUGGCAUUCAAGGCUCUACUACCACGCAUACCGCGUAAUUUAGCAGUCUUCGAUGGGCAUUGUUUGCUAUGCCAAGCCCGUGUCCGUUACGUUCUCGAGCGGAACUUUAACUAUCUUUCAAUUACUUCUUAUUUGGUCGGAAACACGGAGGACACGAGUUUGGAGCGACAUCAAAUUUAUUUCACCUCUUUCGACUUAUUAGAGGGGAGUGAGCUCAAGCGUCUUUUUUUUCCCACCCCGACCUCACCAAGAAAGCCACCCUUGACCGAUACCCCAACUUCGAAUUUCCCUUUGUCGCCUCAGCCACUAAUCGUGCCGGAUGAUUUAGUGAUUUUGUUUGUUGAGAAAGUAGUCUCGAAGAACGCCUCACUCUUGCGGCACGCAGGUGGGCACUGUCCUCAUGGGGACCGAAAUGCUCUUUUGUUUUCACCGACUUCUCAAGCCUUAUCAUCGUCUUUAUCUUCAUCAAUGGCGAUUUUUUCCUUUUUGGGACUCCACCGUGGGAAGGCAAAGGACAGCAAUCCAAUGAACGCUGCCGUUCUCCCUCAACCGGAAGAUACGGACCUUCUUGUCUCCACCAACUUCGCGGCGAUGUGUCGUAUAGGCAUGCACCUUGACCGUGUGUGGCUUCGAGCGAUAUCUUGUGUUCUCUAUUACACCAUACCGAGACGUUUGGGCGAUGCGUGGUUUGAGCGCGCCGUAUUGAAGCGUCGGAAGUUGAUCUGGGGAGCCUCGGAGGAGGAUGCGGUCAAAAUGUUAGGCAUGAUUGACGGUAUGAAGGAGCGGCGCUGGUCGUGGCGCACACGAUUUUAA